CUGGUGGAGCGAAACGCCGGCAGGGGCAGCCAUAUUGCCAACCGCGCCUACACCGCCACCGGCGCAACCGUACUGGACCGGGCCCGGGACGUCUGGAGCCGCGCCGAUAUGGUCAUGAAGGUCAAGGAACCGCUCGCCGAGGAGUUCGCCCACCUGAGGCCGGACCUGACGGUCUUCACCUAUCUCCAUCUGGCGGCGCAACCCGAGCUGGCGAACAUCCUGUGCGAGCGGGGCGUCACCGCCAUCGGCUACGAGACCAUCGCGCUGGACGACGGCUCGUGGGGGCGUGGUGUCCUCCAGGCGGAACACGGCGGCAGGGGCGUGCUCCUGGGCGGCGCCUCGGGGGUCCGUCCGGGCAAGGUGGUGGUGCUCGGAGCCGGCACGGUGGGCGCGUCCGCCUGCCAGGUGGCCGCCGGCAUGGGCGCCGACGUCAGCGUGCUGGACGUCAACCCUACCCGCCUGCGCUACAUCCACGACAUCCUGGGCGGCCGGCUCACCACCCUCAUGUCCAACCGGGCGAACCUGGAAGAAGAGAUCGUCGACGCCGACCUCCUGAUCGGCUCGGUGCUCAUUACCGGAGACAGGACUCCCCUGCUGCUGCCGCGGGACCGCAUCAAGCAGAUGAAGCGGGGCGCGGCCAUCGUCGACGUGUCCAUCGAUCAGGGCGGAUUCGCCGAGACCUCCCGGCCCACCACGCACCGUGAUCCCAUCUACGUCGAGGAGCGCGUGGUGCACUAUUGCGUCACCAACAUGCCGGCGCUGGUGCCGCACACCUCCACCUACGCCCUGACCAAUGCCACGCUGUCCUACGGCCUGGCCAUGGCCGACAAGGGUCUUCAGCAGGCGAUGCAGGAAAACCGGCCCUUGGCCCGGGGGCUCAACGUGCACGCCGGCAAGGUGACCCAUGCCGGCGUCGCCAGCGCCCUGAAGAUGCCCCUGGCUUCGGUGGAAGAGGUUCUUUGCGCAUGA